GCCACACCCACAGACACUCUCUGCGCGGGGAGGGGGUAAAGAUCAACUCUCUGCGCUUUUCGUGCUAGAGACAGCUAGAAGCUUUCUGAGAUCCCCCGGCCGGAGGGUGUCUCCUGUUUUGUUGCUUAUAAUUUGGAGCUUUCUGCUGGUGUGUUGGCCAGCGUCGUGCUGUGCCGUCUCCACCACCGCCGCCCCAACCAGCGCACUGUGUGUGUACAUCGUAAAGACGUUUUAUCCUGCCUUCCCGUUCAUCGCACCCAGGGCGAGCAGCGUUGUGUUUAUGUCUUUAUUGGACGAAAACGAGCUGUUGCGCAGCCAUUGGUACCUGUAUUGGGGGAACAUAGCAUACAAGCAGGACGCUUGCAGCCUCGGUGGCGAAAUUAUUUUCAUGUCAGAGACCGAGAACUCUUGCAGUCGUUUAUGUCAUCCAGUCUUCUCCAGACAGAAGAUACCAAAAAGUUGCAAUCAAAGACCAUUUCUCGUUAUUGAAAGGGCUAAUAAUAAACCAAAAUGUCUGUCAAUGUCAACCGAAGUGUUUCCGAUCAGUUCUAUCGGUACAAAAUGCCCCGUUUGAUUGCUAAGGUAGAGGGCAAAGGAAAUGGAAUAAAGACAGUAAUAGUCAACAUGGUUGAUGUUGCAAAGGCGCUUAAUCGGCCUCCAACCUAUCCCACCAAAUAUUUUGGUUGUGAGCUGGGAGCACAGACCCAGUUUGAUGUUAAGAAUGACCGUUACAUUGUCAAUGGCUCUCAUGAGGCAAAUAAGCUGCAAGAUAUGUUGGAUGGAUUUAUUAAAAAGUUUGUUCUGUGUCCUGAAUGUGAGAAUCCUGAAACUGAUCUGCAUGUCAAUCCUAAGAAGCAAACCAUAGGCAAUUCCUGUAAAGCCUGUGGCUACCGAGGCAUGCUGGACACUAACCAUAAACUCUGUACCUUCAUCCUCAAAAACCCACCAGAGAAUACAGACAGCAAUGCAGGCAAAAAGGAAAAGGACAAGAAAAACAGAAAGGGCAAAGAGAAAGAAAAUGGUUCUGCAGCAAACGAGUCCCAAGUUCUAACAGAGCUUAGUCCUCCACGUGUGGAUGCGGAUGAGGAAGAUGAUGAUGAAGACUGGGGAGAGGACACAACCGCAGAGGCUCAGAGACGUAGAAUGGAAGAAAUAAGCGAGCAUGCUAAAAAUCUUACGCUUAGUGAAGACUUGGAAAAACCAGUUGAAGACAGAGUAAACAUUUUAUUUGACUUUGUUAAGAAAAAGAAGGAAGAGGGUGUAAUUGAUUCAUCUGACAAGGACAUUUUGGCUGAAGCUGAAAGGCUUGAUGUUAAAGCAAUGGGACCUUUGGUUUUAUCUGAAGUUCUUUUUGAUGACAAAAUCAGAGACCAGAUCAAGAAAUACAGGCGUCAUUUCCUCCGGUUUUGCCACAACAACAAAAAAGCACAGAGGUACCUACUACAUGGAUUUGAGUGUGUUGUAGAUAUGCACCAGUCACACCUUCUUUCAAAAAUACCACAUAUCUUAAAGGAAAUGUAUGAUGCAGAUCUCCUUGAAGAGGAGGUUAUUUUCAGCUGGGUUGAAAAGCCUUCAAAAAAGUAUGUUUCUAAAGAGCUUGCCAAAGAUAUCCGUGCUAAGGCAGACCCAUUCAUCAAAUGGCUCAAGGAGGCUGAAGAAGAGUCUUCUGGUGAUGAUGAGGAGGAGGAGGAGGAAGAUGAUGAGAAUAUAGAGGUUGUAUAUUCAAAGACUGUGAGCGUUCCUAAAGUGGAGUCUGUGAAGUCACCUGUUGAUAAAGAUGACGACAUUGAUAUUGAUGCCAUUUAAAGUGGAUAAUCUUUAAGCAUUGGUUUAGUGUAUGCUUCUGCAUUUUAUGCCUAAAGUGCAACAUGUAUAUGUUCAAGCUGUGAUGGCUUAACAUCAUGCUACACUUCCCCCCCCCUUUUUUUUUUUUUUUUUUUUUCCCGUAUGCUAAAAAUUAUUUCUACAAAACUGGUCUUCAGUCACAAAGCUAUUUAAAGGGGUGCAUACAGAAUUGAACAAACUUAGUUUUGUCUACAGCAUGUCAUUUUUUUAAAAUUUAGUGUUUGAUGCACAUUGAUACAGUUGUGAAUAAAGGUUUUUGGGCUUUUUUGGUCAUGGCAGUUCUGAUUCAUUUACUUAAUGCUGUAAAUUUGUUUGAAUAAUGAAAAUGCAUAUUUUGAAAAAUGGCUAAAUUUGCUUGGGUUUAUAGAAUUAUUAUUUUUUUUUAAACCAUAACCAAUCACUAAAAAUGUUUAACUAAAUUUUGAAAGCAGUAAUACUUUUUUGCAAAUAAGACCAGCGCUAUACUAUGCAUUUUGAUUACCACAGUCUCUUGUUCAAGAAAAUAGAUGUAUGCAGAAACACUGCUUUUAUGAAUAUUAGACUUAGUUUUUCUUUGGUAAUUCCUCCAGUGGCCAGUCACUUGUGCUUCUCAGUGACAGCAAUUGUUAAAACUAUUUGAUUGUCUAUAUAACUGAUUAUAUGUUUUAUGUAUUAAAAUAUAUACAAUUGAAGCCAUUAAAAUAAAAUAUUGUUGCUUAUUGUUCUAAGGUACAUAGUUUGCACCUUAUGGGGUUUUAUAUAAAGUGCAGCCCUGCAUUUUAAGUGAUAUGCACCUGUCACCAGGCAAGACAAAGCACUUUGAAUGGGUUUGGGGGGUAGAUUUCUAGCAUUCUGUCUGCUUCCCAUGGAGUAACAACACUAAUGGCUUAUUUUUCAGGUUUUGAUUGUAAAUCUAAAUCAAAUUUGCAUAUUGAAUGGUCACUUAUUAAUAAGAAACUCAUAUGAAUAAACUCUUGUCUUGAAUUUUA